AUGAACAUGUAUACGAUAUUAUUUUUCAGUUUUUCUUUCUUUCUUUCACUUAUAUUUCCAUAUAUUUCAUUCAUGUAUCUUCUUUCUUUCUUUCUUUCUUUCUUUCUUUCUUUCUUUCUUUAUUCAACCCAAUUUCUUUUUCAUUCACUCUCACUUUCCUUUUUCUUUCUCUUUCUCAUUUCCAUAUCUUUCAUUUUUCUACAUUUUCCUUUCUUUUCUCCUCAUGUUUCUUUCACUCUCAUUUCUUUCUUUCUUUCUUUCUUUCUUUCUUUCUUUCUUUCUUUCACAAUCAUUUCUUUCUUUCUUUCUUUCUUUCUUUCUUUCUUUCUUUCUUUCUUUCUUUCACACUCAUUUCUUUCUUUCUAUCUUUCUUUCUUUCUUUCUUUCUUUCUUUCUCAUUUCUUUCUUUCUUUCACACUCAUUUCAUUCUUUCUUUCUUUCUUUCUUUCACACUUCUUUCUUUCUUUCUUUCUUUCUUUUUUCUUUCUUUCUUUCUUUCUUUCUUUCUUUCUUUCUUUCACCCUCAUUACCGAGUCCUUAUUUCUUACACGCUUAUCUCCCUUCCUUUUUUCUAUCGAAAGAACAAAGGACUCCUGCAUCAAAAUCAUGGAAUCCGCAUCCCUCGCCAUGAUCAUAUUUGAUAUGAGGACAUUCAUUAAUAGAAGCUUCGUCACCUUUGCAGCGCACAUUGCUAAGCAUGAUGGGAUUGAAGUUUUUAAUGAUGUGCAAAUAAGCAAUGCCUCCUUGGUAACCCAUUUCUUUGCACGCCACAUCAGCAUUUGUGUUCGUCCAGUGUUUAUUGCAAACUCGUCCCCAAAUGCCGUCCACCCGAACUUCCAGGAUACCGUGGUGUCUACCUCCACCCAUAUUAUUAUUGCUACACCCUAUACUAUUAUAGCUACCUCCACCCAUAUUAUUAUUGCUACCCCCUAUAAUAUUAUAGAUACCUCCACCCAUAUUAUUAUUGCUACCCCCUAUACUAUUAUAGCUACCUCCACCGAUAUUAUUAUUGCUACCUCCUAUAAUAUUAUAGACACCACCUCUUAUAUUAUUAUUACUACCCCUUCCCAAUUUAUUGCUACGGCUUCCUAUAUUAUUAUUGCUACCCCCUCCCAUAUUACUAUAGCUAACCCACCAAUAUUAUACCCCCCUCCUAUAUUGUUACAGCUACCCCUCCCAUAUUAUUGCAAGUCCCCUCUAUAUUAUUAUUUCUACACCCUCCCAUAUUAUUAUUGCUACCCCCUCCUAUACUAUUAUUGA